AUGAAUGUUCCAGCUGACUUCGAACGGUACAUUCCCGUCGACAAGGUCGUCAACCGCCGUACCUUGGGUAUUCUGAAGAAGCCAUGGACGGCCGAAACUCUACAACGGCUCAAGCUGCUUAUGACUCCUAGCAUGGGCUCAAAGUCUUGCUUAGGUCUUUCCAAGUGCCAUUCCAUUGAUAAGCCUGGUGAAGGCUCUGAAGAUGAGUGUAAAGAGACAGUUGAGUUCCGCUACCUCGAAGGUACUCUAGAUCCUGAGCUGAUUCUUCGGUGGAGAAAGGAGGGUGAUUUUUACUUUUGGUACAAUCGGAUCGAAACGACGCCGAAUUUGCCUCUUGAUCCACAACAACUGGCUCGCAGGCCAGUUGAUAACAAUGAGAUUCUGCUUCCCCUCGAUGAGGAGUACAUUGAUGCCUUACGAGAAGAGCUGUGUACGAGAGAGAUGAGAUUGCCUUGCAUGAUCCAGAAAGCGGCGACCCUCAACGAAUCUGAAGCGUCGACUAAUCCAGACGACCUUGCAAGAAUAGUGUCCGAGAAGGUCAACAUUUUUAAUGCUUAA